GAAGAGGCUGAAGAAAUAUUCGAAAAUGAGAAGGGCUUCCGCGAUACUACGUUGCUUAAUCGGUUCUUCGCCAUGUCUUACUGCUCGAUCCUCGUCACUAAUGGUGUCCUCUGCCGCCACCGUCUCAUACUCCACCGUAGCUCUCACUGAUACGCCCCAACCUCUUUUUAAUUCUACAAUCGGCUCUACUAUCGCUGUUAACUUACAAUCGCCCCACUUCCUCAACCAUUUCCGUGACUUCUCUUCUCCACCAUCCUCAGGUCCUUCAAAUAUUGUUUCAAUUGAGUCUGAAGAACAAUUUAAUACUUCGAUUCGCAAGGUUCAAGAUGAAUCAUUGCCAGCUAUAUUCUACUUCACCGCAGCUUGGUGUGGGCCAUGUAAAUUGUUAGCUCCUACAAUUGAGCAGUUAAGUGAGAAGUAUCCCCAUGUUACAACAUAUAAAGUUGACAUUGGUAAGAAGGAGCUUGGAGGUGCAUUAGACAAAUUGAACAUUCACUCUGUGCCCACGUUGCAUUUCUUCCAGAAUGGAGAAAAAGCCUCUGAAGUGAUCGGAGCUGAUGUUCAACAACUGAAAGAUACAAUGGAGACGCUGUAUAAAUGUUGAACCACCGCACUGGCUUGCACGACAUGAAUCCGACUUUCCAGUAAAAUUUAGAUCUCUGUUGUAGAGUUUUUGUUUUACGGUUGAGUUCCCGUACUUUUUAGUGAUGAUGAAACUAGAUGAUUCAAAAUUAUAGCCUCUGUUAUCAAGUUUAAGAAUGACUACAUGCCCUUUUUUACGAGUAUUUUUUAGAAGUUUCGAACUAAUAACAAAGUGAAAAGUGAGUUACAACAAAUGCUCAUUUCUUAAUCUUCAUGUCCUCAUGUACAGUAAAACCAAGACUGGGACGGGACCAAGUACAUACAAUACACACAGCUAUGAACAUACGUAGUAUAUCAC